CAUAUUUAGUUUCUUACCUCCUCUCUUAUCCUCUCUGUUAGGGUUUCCAUUUUCUCUCUCACAAGAAAUUAAAAUUCAUAAAAUUUAUUUCUCAAUGUCUCCUUGUGCCAUGAAAUGCAUUUAACACAUUUCUUAGAGGGAGAAACAAGGAACAUAAAAGGAGAUAAAAGAAAAACCCUAAUCACAUAUAUCAUACAAUGGGAGGCUGCAUUUCGGCCCCCGUUAAGGCGGGUCGUAUUAUAUCCCGGAGGUUGCACCACGACAGCCGACCAAAACCCUUGCCCGAGAACAGCGUGGCGUCCACUCGGCCUUCGACGGUUUUCCAAGUCGCAAAUGUACUUAAAAAUCCUAGUGGAAACAACAUAAAAGAAAAAUAUGAAUUCGGGAAGGAGUUAGGUAGAGGAGAAUUUGGCGUGACGUACCGAUGUGUCGAUAAAGAAACGGGCGAAACGUACGCGUGUAAGACGAUUUCGAAGGCGAAAUUGAAAACGGAGAUUGAUGUUGAAGAUGUUAGAAGAGAGGUUGAUAUAAUGGGACAUUUGCCUAAACAUGCAAAUAUUGUUAGCUUUAAGGAAGCUUAUGAAGAUAGAGAAGCUAUUUAUCUUGUAAUGGAAGUUUGUGAAGGUGGUGAACUUUUUGAUAGAAUUGUGGCUAAGGGCCAUUACACCGAACGUGCUGCUUCAAUGGUUACUAAGACCAUUUUGGAGAUUGUUAAGGUAUGCCAUGAUCAUGGGGUAAUACACAGGGACUUAAAACCUGAAAAUUUCCUGUAUGCAGAUACCCGCGAAAAUUCACAAUUAAAAGCUAUUGAUUUUGGUCUCUCCAUUUUCUUCCAACCUGGUCAGAGAUUCAGUGAAAUAGUAGGAAGUCCAUAUUAUAUGGCUCCAGAGGUGCUUAGAAGAAAUUAUGGAGCAGAAGUUGAUGUGUGGAGUGCUGGUAUCAUCCUCUAUAUUCUCCUUUGUGGAGUUCCUCCUUUUUGGGCUGAAACUGAGGAAGGUAUUGCACAUGCAAUUGUGGGAGGCAAAAUAGAUUUUACAAGGGAUCCAUGGCCUAGGGUUUCUGAAGAUGCAAAAGACCUUGUCAAGAGCAUGCUUGAUCAGAAUCCUUACAGCCGCUUGACAGUUCAAGAAGUACUUGAACAUCCUUGGAUACACAAUGCAUGUGAUGUUCCUAAUGUGAAUCUUGGCGAAAAUGUCAGAUCAAAGAUUAAGCAGUUUUCCUUAAUGAACAAGUUCAAGAAGAGAGUUCUUAGAGUGGUAGCGGACAAUUUGAGUGAUGACCAAAUAGACGGGAUCAAACAGAUGUUCUUUAUGAUGGAUACUGACAAUACUGGAGAUUUAACAUUUGAAGAACUCAAACAUGGUCUCCAAAAAAUUGGACAUCCAGUUCCUGAUCCUGAUGUCCAAAUGUUAAUGGAUGCUGCGGAUGUUGACGGGAAUGGAACACUAAGCAUUGAGGAGUUUGUGGCAAUGUCUAUUCAUCUUGUCAAAAUUGGCAAUGACGAGCACCUUUUUCAGGCUUUCAGAUUCUUUGAUAAAAACCAAACGGGAUUUAUCGAGUUCGAUGAAUUGAGAGAUGCAAUGAUACAUGACAAUUUAGGUCCUAACUUUGAGCAGGUCAUCAACGACAUCAUAUCCGAUGUUGAUCUCGACAAGGACGGUCGAAUAAGUUAUGAUGAAUUUAGGGCAAUGAUGAAGAAUGGGAUGGACUGGAAAAUGGCAUCCAGACAAUAUUCAAGAGCAAUGCUAAACGCAUUGAGCAUGAAACUGCUAAAAGACAAAUCUAUGCAGCUGAAAACAUAAAAGUUUCACCUGAGGUAAACCCUAAGUAAAUGUAAUUACAUAAUGUUUUGUUGCCUUUGCCUCAGGAAAACAAUCAACAAAGAUAACUGAUUCAUCUAUGGCAAAAUGCUACAACUGUUUAGCUUGUGUAUGGUAGGCAAUUUUUUUUUGAUACAAAAGGAAAGCUAUAAUAUUUGAUAUUAUCAAUCAACAGCAGCAAGUAUUAGAUUAUCCUUUUCAAAUC